GUACUCUUCCGUCUCCGACGGAGUCUAAACUACUCGAGCAAUAUCAGUACUGAAUCACUUCAUGAUCUCGACACAUUUCCAAGUGCGAACCGAGAAGAAUUGAAUUAUCCACCCAUUUACACUGAAGACGAUGUAUACAGACCCACAGUUUCCCCCACUGACGACUCUCGACAGAGCGAAAUCAUGCGACGACGGAUACGAAGGAAGCAAUUGAGAAAAGCACAGCUGAUUCUCAAAGACAAUAUACUGGCCGAUCAAGGAAUGAAUAGAGCGAGCUAUUAUGACCCAGGUACACAAUCCAAUCAGUCGACCAGAUACUGCGAUAUAGAUGCAAAUGACGAUGCGACACUCUGGAUGUUGAUAAGUUUGUCUGGAAAAUUGUACCAUGGGAAGCGCACAUCCGGAGAAGAACGGGAUCUGCGGGAACGACUUUUAAUCCGAAAAGUCGCCGAGAAAGCGUUUAACCAUCUUUUCCCACCUAUUCAAGUAUAA